AUGAGUGAGGGUGGGGACAACGACAUUCUUGAAAUGGAUUAUGUGUCCGAAACAGAAUUAGAGGGCGACACGGAGAUAGAGAUGCAUAUGAUAGAGGACGUCGGUAAGUUCACGUGGAUUUCAUUAUCUUUCGCAAUACGAGAGAAUUUCUCGCAAGAGAAAAGGGCGGAAGAAUGUAGGCUUCCUUUGUAGCCUUUUGUUUCCACCUAUCAUGAACCAUAUGCUACGCUACACUAUUCAAAAUGUCAUUGUAUGUGCACAUUUUUUUCCUUCACAAAUGUUAUUCUGUUGUACACCUUAUAUAUUUUCUCCUUUGUAAUUUAAUACAUAAAAAAAGUAUGCAAUAACAAUACUGACUUUUGGCACCACCAUUGCCCCCUGUAAUGAGAGGGUUCUGCUCUACCCUACACUAUACAUUAUCAUAAACUUCAUUAUCAUCUACCACAGUGUCUAUAAUACUGUAGUGAAUUAGAGGGUAUUCUAACUGGGAAUCAAACCCAGUCUCUGCGACUGGUCAAUCCUUCCUUCGGAAAGUAAGCGCCAAUGUUUCCAAAUAUCUUUCAAGUCCCUUAUGCACAGGCACACCUUUGAUGGUCUCAGUGUUUACCAUGAAGGAUGCCCCAUCCCACUUCUGACACCAGUGCAGCGAAUUUUGGGAGUGUCUCAGGACUCUAGGUUGUCAGGCUAACGCCUUAGCCAUUACACCAAGAGGUCCGACUUACUUGAUUGAAUAAGUCGCUAGUUUUUGUACUAAGGUCACUGGAAUACAUAAGUAUUCCUUGAUCACACUGGAGGACAUAGCAAUAGAUAGACAUAGGCCUAACAACUGCGCUGAUUACAUUCACAGAUGCAAGAUUUCAGUCAUAGCCUAUGGCUGACUGCACAGCUUGCCCCUACCCCAGUCUAAAUUCACAAGAAAUGAACCUAUUAUUGGCCCAAUGUAGACUCCCACUCUCCUACACUGUAUCAAAUAUCAGGGAUCUUCAAUCUUUGGGAUCUUCGGGCAGGAUGUUCAUGACUAGAUAAUUACUUGAUAAUAAUUGUAGUUUCAGGUUAUAUAUGCACUGAGGGAAGGGCCUGAAAAAAAUCAACAUCCAUUUAGUGUGUUUUAUACUCUCUCCAUUUAACGAAGUACUUUGAAAGUGCUUCCAACAAGUGCUGCUGCUUCAUCAGUCUGUCUUUCUGCCAUGAGCUAGUAAACAUAGCCUUUGACCUGGUCUAGCAUCAGGACAAGCAGGCUCAGCGUAGCAUGUCUGUUCCUAGGGAAGCACUCUACAGGGGGAAGAGGGUUGCCUGUAUAAAUCACAUAGCUAGGUGGAUGGUUUUGCUGAAGGUACAGAUUAUAUUGUGUCUCAUAUCUUCAAAGUCAAACUUGGAGAAAUGCAUGACACAUGGCAUGCAGUAUGCAAGUAUUUAAGUAUUUCUGAUAACUUCAAAGGUUCUACAUGCCAAACAAGUGAGAAAUAUUGCAUACAAGUAAGUCAAGUGAAGUACAUCAGGCAUGCUUCAAUUCAAUAACAUUGAAAGAUUUUAAAAUUAUGUUAUUACCACAGUUUUUUAGCACAGUUGCAAUCAACUUGUCGAAUGGAGGUAGUUGCCUAAGAGACUUAAACUAUUCCAUCAUGGAGUAUCUGAGUUUGAACAUUUAGAGUCUUUUCCAGGGCGUUACUAAGGGUAAUGUUUUCCAAACACCAUCUGAUUCCAGUUACAAUAGGUUCCCAUAGUACUUCCUACCAUGGGAUGUUUAGAAGUUUUCCCGAUGGAAUCUGUUGUGUAAAGUAUGAAUGUAGUACCAGACACAAUAAAAUAUCAAAUUUAACUGAAUUAACACAAUUUAAUGUGGGUUGUUGAAUGUGCUUUACUUUGGUAUUAUAUUCCCAUCUGAAAUAAAUGUGAGUACUUUGCAUUGGUGCAUAUGCUCAGUAAAUCUGAUCAGGACUGUUUUGCUAGCACAGACUGGAAUAUGUUCCGGGAUUCUUCCGAUUGCAUUGAGGAGUACACCACAUCAGUCACUGGCUUCAUCAAUAAGUGCAUCGAUGACGUCAUUCCUACAGUGACCGUACACUACCGUUCAAAAGUUUGGGGUCACUUAGAAAUGUCCUUGUUUUCGAAAGAAAAGCAAUUUCUUUGUCCAUUAAAAUAACAUCAAAUCGAUCAGAAAUACAGUGUAGACAUUGAUAAUGUUGUAAAUGGCUAUUGUAGCUGGAAACGGCUGAUUUUUUAUGGAAUAUUUACAUAGGCUUACAGAGGCCCAUUAUCAGCAACCAUCAGUCCUGUGUUCCAAUGGCACGUUGUGUUUGCUAGUACACAGUGUUGUACGAGAUCUUCAGUUUCUUGGCAAUUUCUCGCAUGGAAUAGCCUUAAUUUCUCAGAACAAGAAUAGACUGACGAGUUUCAGAAGAAAGUUAUUUGUUUCUGGACAUUUUGAGCCUGUAAUCGAACCCACAAUUGCUGAUGCUCCAGAUACUCAACUAGUCUCAAGAAGGCCAGUUUUAUUGCUUCUUUAAUCAGCACAACAGUUUUCAGCUGUGCUAACAUAAUUUCAAAAGGGUUUUCUAAUGAUCAAUUAGCCUUUUAAAAUGAUAAACUUGGAUUAGCAAACACAACAUGCCAUUGGAACACAGGACUGAAUGGUUGCUGAUAAUGGGCCUCUGUACGCCUAUGUAAAUAUUCCAUAAAGAAUCAGCCGUUUCCAGCUACAAUAGCCAUUUACAACAUUAACAAUGUCUACACUGUAUUUCUGAUCAAUUUGAUGUUAUUUUAAAGGACAUUUCUAAGUGACCCCAAACUUUGGAACGGUAGUGUAUCCCAUCCAGAAGCCAUGGAUUACAGGCAACAUCUGCACUGAGCUAAAGGGUAGAGCUUUCAAGGAGCAGGACUCUAACCCAGACGCUUAUAAGAAAUCCUGCUAUGCCCUCCGACGAACCAUCAAACAGGCAAAGCGUCAAUACAGGACUAAGAUUGAAUCGUACUUCACCGGCUCUGUCGCUCGCUGGAUGUGGCAGGGCUAGCAAACUAUUACGGACUACAAAGGGAAGCACAGCCGCGAGCUGCUCAGUGACACGAACCUACCAGACGAGCUAAUUUACUUCUAUACUCGCUUCGAGGCAAGCAACACUGAAGCGUGCAUGAGAGCAACAGCUGUUCCGGACAACUGUGUGAUCACGCUCUCCGUAGCCGAUGUGAGUAAGACCUUUAAACAGGUCAACAUUCACAAUGCCGCAGGGCCAAACGGAUUAUCAGGACAUGUACUCCGAGCAUGCGCUGACCAACUGGCAAGUGUCUUCACUGACAUUUUCAACCUGUCCCUGACAGACUCUGUAAUACCAACAUGUUUCAAGCAGACCACCAUAGUCCCUGUGCCCAAGAACACUAAGGUAACCUGCCUAAAUGACUACCGACCCGUAGCACUCACAUCUGUAGCCAUGAAGUGCUUUGAAAGGCUGGUCAUGGCUCACAUCAACACCAUUAUCGCAGAAACCCUAGACCCACUCCAAUUUGCAUAACGCCCCAACAGAUCCACAGAUUAUGCAAUCUCUAUUGUACUCCACACUGCCCUUUCCCACCUGGACAAAAGGAACACCUACGUGAGAAUGCUAUUCAUUGACUACAGCUCAGCGUUCAACACCAUAGUGCCCUCAAAGCUCAUCACUAAGCGAAGGACCCUGGGACUAAACACCUCCCUCUGCAACUGGAUCCUGGUCUUCCUGACGGGCUGCCCCCAGGUGGUAAGGGUAGGUAACAACACAUUUGCCACACUGAUCCUCAAGGGGUGCGUGCUCAGUCCCCUCCUGUAUUCCCUGUUCACCCAUGACUGCAUGGCCAAGCACAACUCCAACACCAUCAUUAAGUUUGCCUACGACACAACAGUGGUAGGCCUGAUCACCGACAAUGAUGAGACAGCCUAUAGGGAGGAGGUCAGAGACCUGGCCGUGUGGUGCCAGGAUAACAUCUCUCCCUCAACGUGAUCAAGACAAAGGAGAUGAUUGUGGACUACAGGAAAAGGAGGACUGAGUACGCCCCCAUUCUCAUCGACAGGGCUGUAGUGGAGCAAGUUGAGAGCUUCAAGUUCCUUAGUGUCCACAUCACCAACAAACUAUCAUGGUCCAAACACACCAAGACAAUCGUGAAGAGGGCACGACAAAACCUAUUCCCCCUCAGGAGACUGAAAAGAUUUGGCAUGGGUCCUCAGAUCCUCAAAAGGUUCUACAGCUGCACCAUCGAGAGCAUCCUGACUGGCUGCAUCACCGCCUGGUAUGGCAACUGCUCGGCCUCCGACCGCAAGGCACUACAGAGGGUAGAGCGUACGGCCCAGCACAUCACUGGGGCCAAGCUUCCUGCCAUCCAGGACCUCUAUACCAGGCGGUGUCAGAGGAAGGCCCUAAAAAUUGCCAAAGACUCCAGCCACCCUAGUCAUAUUUUUGUUUUGUUUAAUUUUUUUACUUAUCUAUUUUUUACUUCAGUUGAUUUUAGUAAAUACUUUCUUGACACUUAUUUUUCUUAAAACUGCAUUGUUGCUUAAGGGCUUGUAAGUAAGCAUUUCACCGUAUGGUCUACCUGCACCUGUUGUAUCUGGGGCAUGUGGCAAAUAAAAUUUGAUUUGAUUUGAUGUGUAUCUGCUGGGCCUUCUCAGAGUCUUACAAAAGAUGGUGGUUAAGAAGACUCAAAUCUCUCUAUCAAGUUUAAGAUCUUGUCAUGCAUGUCUCUCAUGUCUUUAAUGCAUAUAUUAUUUUUUUUCUUCAGUUUAUUCUCAGGAGUUUUUGCCAACCUAUGAGACUAUACCAGAGGGGGCAUCAGUGACCAAAGUGGAGAAGGUGAGUCCCAUCCCUUUAAAAUGCGUAAUAUUUAUGCAUUAUGAAAAUGAUUAGUACUCAUAGUUUUAAUAGUAGUUGUAGUAUUAGUUUGAGCUGCCAAAGAAUACCUUUACAAUUAAUACCAUAUUUGUAUAACAUGGCUUGUUCUUGCAUUUAUUUCACCAAGAGGGACAUGAAUUGAUUCGCUAUUGUAUUUUCAUAUGCAGAAAAUUUAUGAGUCAAUGUGCCAAAUAUCUGUAAUUACAAGAGAGGUCUAUGUUUGAUCCCAAUCCAAAUGUGGACUGUUAUUGUUCAUGGAACAAAAAAGGGUGUGUCACUUUCGUUGUAGACUCUUCCCUCCCUCUCCCUAUCUAAGUCUGAUGUCAGUUGAGAAAGACGUUGUCUAGUAGGGUCUCGUACAAGCACAGUCUGUUGGUCUCUCUCUCGUUAAAGGACAUGUAUGAUAUCAUGGAAGAAGGGUUUGAGGCUGUGGAGCUACCAGAUAUCGCUGUGGCGCUACCAGAUAUUGCCUGUUGUUUUUGCCCACAGGUUGAGUUCAACGGCAAAUCUGACUCUCUGUUCUUCAAUGAUGGGGUUAGACGGAUCGACUUUGUCUUAGUCUAUGAAGAUGAGGACAUGAAGGAGAUUGACAAAAAUCGAACGUUCCAGAAACGGAAAGUAAGUGCAUUUCUGGUGGCAGAUUGUGAGUCUAAGUGUCCUUAUUCACUUUCAACAUGGUCAGCAGGUUUCUGUCUGACAGAAGUUAAAAACAGUAUUCCUACUGUGCUGUGAAAAAGCAUGUUUGAAAUUAAAUGCAGUUGAGUUUCACACUGUAAGCAUAGUUUUGAGGAAUAUGUGAAUCCAAAUGUGUUUUCUUAUAGCUUAAGAGGAGUACUGUAUUAUCUAUGAAACAAGUUACUAAAGCCGCAUUCCGUCAAAGGUGUAACUUGUAGGAAUCAGUGUUAUGUUCCGUCAUAGAAGCUGGUGUUGUAUUAUGCCAGGACCUAAGUGUCACGGCCGUCUACGGAAGGAGUGGACCAAAGCGCAGCGUUUGUAGCGAACAUGACUUUAUUAAAGUUAAAGUGCACGAACGAGAAAACAAUAAACAAUGACGGAUAGUGAAGUCCUCAGUACACAGACUGAAACAUGGAACAAAAACCCACAACCCUAAGGUGAACACUGACAGUUUAAAUAUGGCUCCCAAUCAGAGAUAACGAGCCGACAGCUGACACUCGUUACCUCCGAUUGGGAGUCACAUGACGAGACAAGACACUACAACCAAAACCAAACACAACCAAAUGAACACACCCUAUACCCAACACAACCAAAUGAAUACACCCUGGCUCAAACUACACAGUCCCGGAGCCAGAGCGUGACAGUAUCCCCCCCUAAAGGCGCGGACUCCGACCGCGCCUACACCCCAAAAUAGGGGAGGGCUGGGUGGGUGUUGUUCCUCGGAGGCGGCUCCGGCUCCGGGCUUGACCACCACCCCACUUCACUCCCCCCGUAGUGCCCCCGGUCCGAUCUGACCCAGCUUGCUGGAUCAGGACCUCCGACGCGCACCCCUGGCUUGGCGCGUGAGGUAGGAAUGGACCGGAACUGGCAGACGAUACGCACCCUUUGCCUGGUGCGUGGAGCCGGAACAGGCCUCACCAGGCUGAAGACUCGCAUCCCUGGCUUGGUGCGAGUAGCAGGAAUGGGCUGGAUCAGGCUGACGGCUCGCACCCUUGGCUUGGUGCGAGUAGCAGGGAUGAGCUGAACCAGGCUGACGACUCGCACCCUUGGCUUGGUGCGAGUAGCAGGAACGGGCUGGACCAGGCCGACGACUCGUACCCCUGGCUUGGUGUGAGUAGCAGGAACGGGCUGGACCAGGCUGACGACUCGCACCCUUGGCUUGGUGCGAGUGGCAGGAACAGGCCGGACCGGGCUGGCGACGCGCACCGUAAGUUUGGUGCGAGUGGCAGGAACAGGCCGGGUCGGGCUGGCGACGCGCACCGUAGACUUGGUGCGGGUGGCAGGAACAGGCCGGACCGGGCUGGCGACGCGCACCGUAGGUUUGGUGCGAGUGGCAGGAACAGGCCGGGUCGGGCUGGCGACGCACACCGUACACUUGGUGCGGGUGGCAGGAACAGGCCGGACCGGGCUGGCGACGCGCACCGUAGGUUUGGUGCGAGUGGCAGGAACAGGCCGGGUCGGGCUGGCGACGCGCACCGUAGACUUGGUGCGGGUGGCAGGAACAGGCCGGCUGGGCUGGCGACGCACACCGUAGGUUUAGUGCGUGGAGCAGGAACAGGCCGGGCUGGGCUGGCGACGCACACCGUAGGUUUAGUGCGUGGAGCAGGAACAGGCCGGGCUGGGCUGGCGACGCACACCGUAGGUUUAGUGCGUGGAGCAGGAACAGGCCGGGCUGGGCUGGCGACGCACACCGUAGGUUUAGUGCGUGGAGCAGGAACAGGCCGGGCUGGGCUGGCGACGCACACCGUAGGUCUGGUACGUGGAGCAGGAACAGGCCGGACAGGGCUGUCGACGCACACCGUAGGCUUUGUGCGUGGAGCAGGAACAGGCCGGGCUGGGCUGGCGACGCACACCGUAGGUCUGGUACGUGGAGCAGGAACAGGCCGGACAGGGCUGUCGACGCACACCGUAGGCUUUGUGCGUGGAGCAGGAACAGGCCGGGCUGGGCUGGCGACGCACACCGUGGACUUGGUGCGUGGAGUAGGAACAGGCCGGUCCAUACUGGGAACACACACCACUGGCCUUAACCGGGGAUCAGGAACGGGCCGGACCGGACUGGUAACACACCUCAGUCUCUCACGCCGUGCCUCCACUACUUCCCUCCCUCUACUCGCCAAUGGCUCCCGUAACCCGGUAGCCUUCUCUCCACGUCUCCCUGUGGCAGCCUCCUGCUGCCCAGCCGCCCAAGCCAUGUGCCCCCCCAAAAAAACUUUUUGGGGUUGCCUCUCGUCCUUCCGACGAUGGCCCUGCUGACGCCGUUGCUCCUCUCUCGCCAGGGCCUUGAUCCUCCCCCAAGGUCCCUUGCCCCCGAGCAUGUCCUCCCAGGACCACGAUUUGCCCACCUGGGCCAUCGCCAGCCUCUCGAUCUCCUUACCCGGCGCCUCCUCCCAUGUCCAGUCUCCUUGCUCCUGGACACGCUGCUUGGUCCUUUUUUGGUGGGUUUUUCUGUCACGGCCGUCUACGGAAGGAGUGGACCAAAGCGCAGCGUUUGUAGCGAACAUGACUUUAUUAAAGUUAAAGUGCACGAACGAGAAAACAAUAAACAAUGACGGAUAGUGAAGUCCUCAGUACACAGACUGAAACAUGGAACAAAAACCCACAACCCUAAGGUGAACACUGACAGUUUAAAUAUGGCUCCCAAUCAGAGAUAACGAGCCGACAGCUGACACUCGUUACCUCCGAUUGGGAGUCACAUGACGAGACAAGACACUACAACCAAAACCAAACACAACCAAAUGAACACACCCUAUACCCAACACAACCAAAUGAAUACACCCUGGCUCAAACUACACAGUCCCGGAGCCAGAGCGUGACACUAAGGCUUUCUCAUUGUACACCCGGAAUAUUGACUCUGAAUAUUUGUACAGGGAGUUUUUCUUUGCUUCAGUCACAGUGUGUCAGAUCUAAGGUAUCCCUAUGAUUAAUAUGAGUAAAAUCCCUGUCCUACCACGUUGCACAAUAUCCAUCACAACAAGGUGACAGAAAUGUAACACACUAACAUACACUAUACACUAUCCUUACAAAUGUCAAAAUAUAAUUAUCCAAAUGUCAGAUUCUGGCACAUCAUAAUGGCUGAAAUAAUAAGUAAAUGCACCGUUGAUAGAGGUAGCAUCUGUGAUUCACCAACAAUAUGUUGAAAUAAUGUUUUACAAUGAGUGGUUUGGGAGCAGGGAACAUUGAAAGCAGCAGGAGUGUACACGCCUCGUAUGCAGCUGUGGUCGCUCAUGUUGCCAAGCUCUUGAUGUCAUGCCCCAGUAGGACUAUUAUGACAUGCCCAGACUAAGGGAGGUUCUGUUAGACACUCCAUUAUACUGAAGCGCUGCUGUGGUGGUGUUAUGAUCCCAUAGCUCUAUAUCCCAUUGUUCAACGUACCAUAAACAGAUGAUCCUUUUUAGAAUUAAUGAACUGUCUGCAUAACUCAGUGUUGUUUACACAAACUAUAUAAUUUAAUAAUAAUAAUUACCAAUGAUCAAAUAACGUUCCAUAUUCAACUAUCUAGACAUGUUCUUCAUAUCAUCCCAAUGCUUCCUACAUAUGUCAAUAUAACCCAACUAUCACUACUUCCUGUCACCCUCUUAUGAAAUAAUGUCAUUAGUAAAUUGUAUCCACAAACCACUACUACCUAAUAACAUAUUUUCAUAGACCUUGCUAGAAAUAAUUAUUUUAAUACCAAGCUACUUAAACAAUCCAAUUCAACCUUUCACAUCUCCCAAUAAACCUACUUAACCUUCUUCAAACAAUUCAAUUUAACAUUAAUUCAACAUGUCACAUCACCCAAUUAACUUUCUUACUCUGUAAACCCUCUACAAUAUCUAUUAUUCUCUAUCGCUAACUUUCCAUAUAACGUUACCUCAACAAAUGACAAAUUACUGUAAAGUUAUAGUCAAAACAAAUAAAACAUAUAUUCACGAUAUGCAACUUUAAUUACUAUGUUAUACUAUUCUCUAUGUGUUGGUAAGACAAUUCCUUUCACGUAAUGUUAUCAAUUCAUCUAGUAAUCUAGGUCAAUAGCAUCAAUGUAAAAUAUUUGCUUUCUGUUCCUUCCUGGGCUUGAACCAGGGACCCUCUACACAUAUCGACAACAUUUACCAUCGAAACACCAUUACCCGUUACUCCACAAAAUCUGCGAUCCUUGCAAAGCAACUACUUCCAUUUCACAGAGCAAGUUACGUCACCACAUGGAACCCCACUAGCUCUCACUGCUAACUAGCUAGCCAUUUCACACUGAUAACAUUCAACCCCCUAUGACUUCCUUCUCUACAGCAACCACUGAUCCUUGUACUCCUAAUUUAACCCAUUAUGUCCCUUACAGUACUCUCACGUCUCAGCGAGACCCAGUUGCUAACACCCGCAGACAAAAUAUGGAAACCCCUUCUUACUAGUAUACCAAAUAACACAUCUUCAAACAGCGUUCUACAUUUACCUCUAUCGUAGGGUUUAAAAACGAACGUAACAACAUUAACCAUCCCAAAUUGCCGUAGUAACGUCAUGUUUGGUUCAGUUUAUCUAUUACGAUAGUAUGUCCAUAAUACUUCUAACAAAGCUACAUUAUCCCUAGUGUUUGUUUAAUAUUCCUAUUAUUCUCUAAGUUCCCUUGCUUCACUUUUCAUGAAUAUAAGACAUUCACUUCUCCAUGCGUCGUAAACUAUAUCCUAUUUCCCCUGCAAUCAACUAAGGUUAUAAUCACAGCUCAUCUGAAAACAACACUCCUCCAUUAUCAGAAUAUAGCAGAUGUAGGUAACUAUCCUUUCUACGUAGGCUACAAGUAAGACCAAACACUUGCUGUAGUUUACCAUCAUAUAUUGAAUGCAUAUCCAUAUAAUCAAUAUCCAAUUUAUUUAUAAACAUUACGCCACCAUUCUCAAUCGCUUAUCUAGCAAACCCUUAGGCAAGCACAAAAAAAUGACUAACACACAAUCGUCUCGCUAUUCCUGUUAAAUAAGUGAGUCUUUCUAUUUAAACCACGCACCACGCUACAAAUCUUCCAUUCAACAUCACCAAACCAAAUACUUUGUAGUAUCCAUUCAAGCCACAUACCAUCAUAUGAAUUACACUCCAAAACCCAGAUUUUAGUCAGUACCAUGGAACCGAUGCCUUUUGAAAAGACAAUAUGUCCCACAAAUAGCCCAACUACAAUGGUUGGUAGUCUUAACCUCUGUGUCAAGGUGUCAGUGUAAUGCGGUAGGCGAAGUCAGGCGCAGGACACAGAGCUAAUCAAAAAACAUACUUUACUCGUAGGUAAAAGUAUGAACAAAACCUCCGCAGGGAGGGAAUAAACCCGCACACUAACGACAACCAAAACAUGAACAAACACGCACAACACACAGUGUGAGACAGAGGGUUAAAUAGGGAAGACAUAACUACAUGAUUGGAAACAGGUGUGAUCAAUGAAGACAAAACAAGUCGAACAUAGAUACAUGGAUCGGUAGUAGCUAGUACUCCGUUGACGACGAACGCCGAAGCCUGCCAGAGCAAGGAGGAGGGGCAGCCUCGGCUGAAUCCGUGACAGUACCCCCCCCUUGACGCGCGGCUCCAGCCGUGCGCCGACCCCGGCCUCGGGGACGGCCAGGAGGACGCGGAGCAGGGCGAGUCGGAUGACUACGGUGGAAAUCCCUCAACAUGGAGGGAUGGAGGAUGUCCCUCCUAGGGACCCAGCACCGUUCCUCCGGACCGUACCCCUCCCACUCCACGAGAUACUGCAGGCCCCCCACCCGAUGCCUCAAAUCCAGGAUGGAACGGACCGAGUACGCCGGUGCCCCCUCGAUGUCCAGUGGGGGCGGAGGAACCUCCCGUACCUCAGACUCCUGGAGUGGACCAGCUACUACCGGCCUGAGGAGAGACACAUGGAACGAGGGGUUAAUACGGUAAUUAAGAGGAAGCUGUAACCUAUAACAUACCAAUCAAUCUCCUCAGGACUUUAAAUGGCCCCACAAACCGCCAACCCAGCUUCCGGCAGGGCAGGCGAAGGGGCAGGUUUUGGGUCGAGAGCCAGACCCGGUCCCCCGGUGCAUACACCGGGGCCUCACUGCGGUGGCGAUCGGCGCUCGCCUUUUGUCGCCUGAUGGUCCGCUGCAGGUGUUCAUGAGCAGCGUUCCAGGUCUCUUCCGAGUGCCGAAACCACUCAUCCACCGCAGGAGCCUCGAUCUGGCUCUGAUGCCAGGACCGGCUGAUAACAUAACACACACUGGAAAGGAGUAAGGUUAGUAGAGGAGUGGCGGAGUGAAUUUUGGGCCAUCUCUGCCCAGGGGAUAAAACCCGACCACUCCCCCUGCCGGUCCUGGCAAUAGGACCGCAGAAACCUACCCACAUCCUGGUUAACUCUCUCCACCUGCCCAUUACUCUCGGGGUGAAAACCUGAGGUAAGGCUGAUCGAGGUUAACCCUUGAGGUGAACUGGGGACCCCGAUCUGACACAAUAUCCUCAGGUACCCCGUAGAAAAAAAAAAGAAACUAGAUGACACAGGGGAAGUGGAAGGCCGAAUGUAUCCUUGCCUCAGAGAUUCGGUGACAUAUGUUUCCAUAGCCGCCUUCUCUUCCUGUGACAGAGGAUACACGUGACUCCGGCGAAGCGCAGCGCCUACCUGGAGGUUUAUCGCACAAUCCCCCUGUCGAUGGGGUGGUAAUUGAGUCGCCUUCUUUUUACAGAAGGCGAGAGCCAAAUCGGCAUAUUCAGGCAGAAUGUGCAUGGUGGGAACCUGGUUUGGACUUUCCACCGUAGUUGCCCCUACGGAAACACCUACACACCUCCCCGAGCACUGAUUUGACCAUCCCUUGAGAGCCCUCUGUUGCCAUGAAAUAGUGGGGUCAUGAGAGGUUAACCAGGGAAGCCCCAACACCACUGGAAAUGCAGGAGAAUCAAUCAGAUAUAGACUAAUUGUUUCCUCAUGCCCCUCCUGCGUCUUCAUCCAGAGUGGCGCUGUGACCUCCCUAAUCAGACCUGACCCUAAAGGGCGACUAUCUAGGGCAUGUAUAGGGAAGGGCACAUCAACUGGCACAAAAUGAAUCCCUAACCUACGGGUAAACUGACGAUCAAUAAAGUUCCCAGCUGCGCCUGAAUCUACUAGCACCUUAUGCUGGGAAUGAGAAGAAAACUCAGGAAAUACAAAAUCUAUACACAUAUGCGCAACAGGGAGCUCUGGGUGAGUUGGGUGCCUACUCACCUGAAACGAUCCACCAGUGGUCUGCCUACUGCCUCGACUCCUAGAAGACCCUCCCCAGCACCGACCAGCAGUGUGUCCUCUGCGGCCACAGUUGGUGCAGGGGAUGGCCCCUCUACCGGUCUCCCUCAUAGCAGCACCUCCGAGCUCCAUAGGGGUAGGGUCGGAGGUGCUUGGGGAUGGAAUGGACGGCCCCUGAUCCGGACGUCCGCGGGUGGCCAACAGGUUAUCCAGCCUGAUUGACAUAUCCACCAGUUGGUCCAGGUUUAGGUUGGUGUCCCUGCAGGCCAGUUCCUGACGAACGUCCUCCCUUAAGCUGCAACGAUAGUGGUCGAUGAGGGCCCUCUCAUUCCAUCCUGCGCUGGCAGCCAGAGUCCGAAAGUCCAGUGCAAACUCCUGCACACUCCUCCUCCCCUGUCUGAGGUGGAAUAGACACUCACCCGCCGCUCUCCCCUCUGGUGGAUGAUCGAAUACCGCCCUAAAGCGGCGGGUAAACUCUGCAUAGCUUACAUUUGCGGCGUCUAUUCCCCCCCACUCGGCGUUGGCCCACUUAAGCGCUUUACCGGACAGACAGGAGAUGAGGGCGGACACGCUCUCGUAUCCCGAGGGAGCCGGGUGGAUGGUUGCCAGGUAGAGCUCUACCUGGAGCAGAAAACCCUGACACCCAGCAGCUGUACCGUCAUAUGCCCUCGGGAGCGAGAGCCGAAUCCCACUGGACCCUGAUGGUGAAGAGGUGGACAGCGGUGUUGGUGGUGGUGGUGUAAUUGGAGGAGGUAUAGGGAUACCGUCUCUCUCCCAUCGUUCCAUGGUAUUAACCACCCGUUCCAUAGCGGUGCCGAGAGCCUGGAUCAUGGCCGCUUGUUGUUGGACGCGUUCCUCCAUCGAUCCGGCUGGCAUUGCUGUACCUGCUGACUCCAUGUUAUGGUGCGUGUUUCUGUCAAGGUGUCAGUGUAAUGCGGUAGGCGAAGUCAGGCACAGGACACAGAGCUAAUCAAAAAACAUACUUUACUCAUAGGUAAAAGUAUGAACAAAACCUCCACGCAGGGAGGGAAUAAACCCACACACUAACGACAACCAAAACAUGAACAAACACGCACAACACACAGUGUGAGACAGAGGGUUAAAUAGGGAAGACAUAACUACGAUGGGAAACAGGUGUGACCAAUGAAGACAAAACAAGUUGAACAUAGAUACAUGGAUCGGUAGUAGCUAGUACUCCGGUGACGACGAACGCCGAAGCCUGCCCGAGCAAGGAGGAGGGGCAGCCUCGGCUGAAUCUGUGACACUCUGGUACAUGUAGUCUUAACCUCUGGUACAUAAUAACGACACAAUUACAAGAAAAUAGCCUUUAAAAAAUCUUUCAAGUGUUUCUUUGCAAAGCUCUCACGUGCUCAAAAUGAAUGAAUUAGCAGUCAAUGAGUCAAAUCCACAUUUAUUGAUUUGGAAAUAGAUCUGGCGAUUUUAAUAAAACUUAUUAUGUUUCCCUUGCGACAUAAUGAAAUUCCUUUAUUACAUCAUAAUCACUCCAUAAUUAGUUUUAUUUACGUCAUUUAGCAGACGCUCUUAUCCAGAGCAACUUACAGUUAGUGAACACAUUAUUAUUUUUUUAUACUGGCCCCCCGUGGGAAUCGAACCCACAACCCUGGCGUUGCAAACACCAUGCUCUAUCAACUGAGCUACAUCCCUGCCGGCCAUUCCCUCCCCUACCCUGGGCCAAUUGUGCGCCGCCCAUGAGUCUCCCGCUCGCGGCCGGCUGCGACAGAGCCUGGAUUCGAACCAGGAUCUCUAGUGGCACAGUUAGCACUGUGAUGCAGUGCCUUAGACCACUGCGCCACUCAGGAGUAUUUUAUUUUGAUGGAAACCCUAAAUUGGCUUUGUACAAUAUUAUAACUUACGUCUUUAACCACUUUACUCACGGUCAGUUUAUUCCUUAAAUCUUAUCUCGAUCACAUUAUCCAACUACGGUACAAACUUAGAAACACCAUAUUAAUUACUUUUCCACCCACGACGUACGUCUACGUUGUGGGUGAGCAGGCCAAUAUAUAAUUAUUAUUCCAAUUAUUAUUUUAUGAAAUCUCUAAUAAUCACCUACCCAUACGUAAAAUGGAUCAUAUUUUCACAUUUGUCACAAACUCCAUAUAGACCGUUAGAAACUUCUAGAUACUCACAUCAAAGAAUCCCUUUGUUAGUUUAACAAUCCUCACUCAACCCAAAUCAGCCUCUCAAUCAUUCUCCCAGCGGAACCAAAAAACAGACUGUAAUUUCCAAGGACACUGCCAUUCCUGUCCCAGAAAACACAGACUUUCCACUACUCUCUAAAAUAACAUCAAGCUCUAUUUACCACUCCUUGAUAUUCUAUGACCUUAUUAUGUUAUAUAUCGUAACUUCUUAUCCAAACUUAUAUCAAAUUAUUAUACCCAUUUUUAGAUCUUAUUUUGCACCCUUCAGAUUUAAAUUAUCUUCUGCUCUUUGCUUAUAAGAUAGCCAAUUUUAUCCCAUUCAAUUUCUUAAUUUUACAUUACUUUGACAAAAUACUUAUUCUAACUGCGGAUUUGCCUGUAAUAAUUUCGUCACUUCCUGUCUCUCUCUUUGAGUUAAAUGUAGCUCUGCUUUACUCUUAAUGGUGACUUUAAAAAAUAUAUAUACAUAUAUCAAAUCAAAUCAAAUCAAAUUUUAUUGGUCACAUGCGCCGAAUACAACAGGUGCAGACAUUACAGUGAAAUGCUUACUUACAGCCCUUAACCAACAGUGCAUUUAUUUUAAACAAAAAAAGUAAGAAUAAAACAACAACAAAAAAAGUGUUGAGAAAAAAAGAGCAGAAGUAAAAAUAAAGUGACAGUAGGGAGGCUAUAUAUACAAUAGAAUAAAGUGACAGUAGGGAGGCUAUAUAUACAGGGGGGUACCGUUGCAUAGUCAAUGUGCGGGGGCACCGGCUAGUUGAGGUAGUUGAGGUAAUAUGUACAUGUGGGUAGAGUUAAAGUGACUAUGCAUAAAUACUUAACAGAGUAGCAGCAGCGUAAAAAGUAUGGGGUGGGGGGGCAGUGCAAGUAGUCCGGGUAGCCAUGAUUAGCUGUUCAGGAGUCUUAUGGCUUGGGGGUAGAAGCUGUUGAGAAGUCUUUUGGACCUAGACUUGGCACUCCGGUACCGCUUGCCGUGCGGUAGCAGAGAGAACAGUCUAUGACUAGGGUGACUGGAGUCUUUGACAAUUUUGAGGGCCUUCCUCUGACACCGCCUGGUAUAGAGGUCCUGGAUGGCAGGGAGCUUUGCCCCUGUGAUGUACUGGGCCGUACGCACUACCCUCUGUAGUGCCUUGCGGUCAGAGGCCAAGCAGUUGCCAUACCAGGCGGUGAUGCAACCAGUCAGGAUGCUCUCGAUGGUGCAGCUGUAGAAUUUUUUGAGGAUCUGAGGACCCAUGCCAAAUCUUUUUAGUCUCCUGAGGGGGAAUAGGCUUUGUCGUGCCCUCUUCACGACUGUCUUGGUGUGUUUGGACCAUGAUAGUUCGUUGGUGAUGUGGACACCAAGGAACUUGAAGCUCUCAACCUGUUCCACUACAGCCCCGUCGAUGAGAAUGGGGGCGUGCUCAGUCCUCUUUUUUUUCCUGUAGUCCACAAUCAUCUCCUUUGUCUUGGUCACGUUGAGGGAGAGGUUGUUGUCCUGGCACCACACGGCCAGAUCUCUGACCUCCUCCCUAUAGGCUGUCUCAUCGUUGUCGGUGAUCAGGCCUACCACUGUUGUGUCGUCGGCAAACUUAAUGAUGGUGUUGGAGUCGUGCCUGGCCAUGCAGUCAUGGGUGAACAGAGAGUACAGGAGGGGACUGAGCACGCACCCCUGAGGGGCCCCCGUGUUGAGGAUCAGUGUGGCAGAUGUGUUGUUACCUACCCUUACCACCUGGGGGCGGCCCGUCAGGAAGUCCAGGAUCCAGUUGCAGAGGGAGGUGUUUAGUCCCAGGAUCCUUAGCUUAGUGAUGAGCUUUGAGGGCACUAUGGUGUUGAAUGCUGAGCUGUAGUCAAUGAAUAGCAUUCUCACGUAGGUGUUCCUCUUGUCCAGGUGGGAAAGGGCAGUGUGGAGUGCGAUAGAGAUUGCAUCAUCUGUGGAUCUGUUGGGGCGGUAUGCAAAUUGGAGUGGGUCUAGGGUUUCUGGGAUUAUGCUGUUGAUGUGAGCCAUGACCAGUCUUUCAAAGCACUUCAUGGCUACAGACGUCAGUGCCACGGGUCGGUAGUCAUUUAGGCAGGUUAUCUUAGAGUUCUUGGGCACGGGGACUAUGGUGGUCUGCUUGAAACAUGUUGGUAUUACAGACUCAGUCAGGGACAUGUUGAAAAUGUCAGUGAAGACACUUGCCAGUUGGUCAGCACAUGCUCGGAGUACACGUCCUGGUAAUCCGUCUGGCCCUGCGGCCUUGUGAAUGUUGACCUGCUUAAAAGUCUUACUCACAUCGGCUACGGAGAGCGUGAUCACAUAGUCGUCCGGAACAGCUGGUGCUCUCAUGCAUGCUUCAGUGUUGCUUGCCUCGAAGCGAGCAUAGAAGUGGUUUAGCUCGUCUGGUAGGCUUGUGUCACUGGGCAGCUCGCGGCUGUGCUUCCCUUUGUAGUCUGUAAUAGUUUUCAAGCCCUGCCACAUCCGACGAGCGUCAGAGCCAGUGUAGUAUGAUUCAAUCUUAGACCUGUAUUGACUCUUUGCCUGUUUGAUGGUUCGUCGGAGGUCAUAGCGGGAUUUCUUAUAAGCGUCCGGGUUAGAGUCCCGUUCCUUGAAAGCGGCAGCUCUACCCUUUAGCUCAGUGCGGAUGUUUCCUGUAAUCCAUGGCUUCUGGUUGGGGUAUAUAUACCGGUGUACUAAGCUGGCCAUUCAUUACUGUUAUUAGUACAUGCAAUUAUUAGUAAUUAAAUACUUAUAUUAAAAUCUCCAUCCUGAUAUGUAUUAAAAUUUAGUUUUCCUUUAAAUGUCAUUUUGGUGCUAUGAUUCAAUAUGUUACAUUUAAUCGGCUCCCUCUCCUGGCCGUUUUGAGUAUUUCACCAUCUAUUUCAUUUUAUGAUGUCCUCCCACAUCUAAAAGGUCCGUAACCUAUUUCUCUCUUUACCGAUUUACUCCUAUGAUGAUACAACACAUCAGAGCUUCAUCUAAUUUACUCCUAUGAUGAUACAACACAUCAGAGCUUCAUCUAUUUUACUCCUAUGAUGAUACAACACAUCAGAGCUUCAUCUAUAUUACUCCUAUGAUGAUACAACACAUCAGAGCUUCAUAACCUAUUUCUACCAAGUUACUCCCAUGAUGAUACAACAUCAGAGCUUCACCAAUUUGCUCCUAUGAUGAUACAACACAUCAGAGCAUUAUAACUCCUAUGAUGGUCCAACACAUCAGAGCUUCAUUACCUCCCGAGUGGCGCAGUGGUCUAAGGCACUGCAUCGCAGUGCUAGCUGUGCCACUAGAGAUCCUGGUUCGAAUCCAGACUCUGUUGUAGCCGGCCGCGACCGGGAGACCCAUGGGGCGGCGCACAAUUGGUCCAGGGUAGGGGAGGGAAUGGCCGGCAGGGGAUGUAGCUCAGUUGGUAGAGCAUGGCGUUUGCAACACCAGGGUUGUGGGUUCGAUAAAAUAAUGUAUGUGCUAACUGUAAGUCGCUCUGGAUAAGAGCGUCUGCUAAAUGACUAAAAUGUAAGAAUGUAUAACCUAAGCUAUUUCUCUCUUUACCAAUUUGCUCCCAUGAUGAUACAACACAUCAUAGCAUUAUAACUCCCAUGAUGGUCCAACACAUCAGAGCUUCACAACAACACAUCAUAGAUCCAUAACCUAUUUCUCUUUCUUUAUAAUGAAUUAUCAUUAAAGGUGUACUACGCCUAAUCUCUCUUUAUAAUUAAUAACAUAAUUAAAAGGUGCACUGCGCCUAAUCUCUCUUUAUAAUGAAUAACAUCAUUAAAGGUGCAUUGCGCCUAAUCUCUCUCUACUCUGUUGCUUUUACUCCUUACUUCGAACACACCCUAUUUUGAAUCAUAGCACCAUGUCAUUGUCUAAUUUGAUAUUCCUCCUUACAUCCUUUUACAUAAUUCAAGACCACUCAUCGUCCCCCUUUAAAAAUAUUGAAUUUUAAAGGUCCGUUACAGCUAAGCCUUACCACAGAUAAGCAGAAUUUGACAUAAUCAAAAAAGUGAAGGUCAGCUUACCUGUUAGUCUGGCUGGGAACUGCAUCCUUUUCGUGACGCCAAUCUGUUAUGAUGAGUUUCUAGUAUUGAGAAGUGAGGAUGCAAGAAUUUACUUAGACAUUCUGUGGAGAUUUUACCAAGUAUUUAUUUGAUCACGAGCUCGUGGGUUCAUCUAACAAACGGACAUAGCUCUGCCCUUUGUCAAUUGAACUGCCCCUACACACAAAUCUCACCUCCUUUAUACUCUUGGUUAUCCUUCCUUUCACAUACAUCUUGCAACCAUCAUAGGCACUCCCUUUCUCUGUUGUUAUUAACCUUUGCCCCAAGUCAGUAUCCUGUCCAUCCAUCAUGCUAUCCUAAACAUCAGUAAUCUCCUUUGACAUAAGGAACCAAGUCAAUUAUCCCCUAACUCUUCCCUAGUCCACACAAUACUAUGACAUGACAUCAUUACAGGUUUUAAUGCACUUUCACAGACUGAGAGGGAAAAUAAGUCAAAAUUCCACUUCCCUAGAAACUGACCCUUUAGUCAUUCCCAACCCAGUUAUAUCUACUGUAUUUACAAUUCUUUACAAGUGUUGUGGAUGCACUAAACAGAAGCAUACAGACGGACGUAGUAGAAAUGUAUUUUGAUUGACCACUGAGCUGCCUGCACUGCGCUUUGUGCAUGCAAUUUUUAUUUAUUUGACAUGGUUUUAUCAGAAGGUGUCUUGUAUCGUACACACAAUUCACAUAUAGAUGUAGUCAGUUUCAUACAUGGUUGAAAUCAGUCAGUGCAUUGCUAUCCAUUGAGGGGAAAUCAGUCAAUGUAAUGUCAAUAUAAUUACACUUUUCAUUCAUUAUUUAUUAUACACAACCACAGUUAAGAUGGGAUAAUAAUGUAUUAGAUAUGGCAUUUGUAAAGCACUUUUCAUUACAAGAGUAAUAAGACAAACAGAUUGGACAUGAUCCAAUAGGGAAACAGAAGGGGUAGUGUUACAAGCACGGGAUCCAUUGAUUUAACAUCCUGUGUUCUCUUCCCUAGCAACGCAGAGAGUACUUUGAGGCCAGCUUGAUGAAGAUGGGGAUGGAACUAGAGGCUGCCAGAUCUGUGAGUGGCCACCAAAUACAUUUUACAAGGACUGACUUGAUGUAUUUACUCAGCUGUUAGCUUGCAGAGUGAGGUCUAGUGUGUAGAUCUUCAGGGAGGAUUGGGUGGAAACAAUAUUUAAUAUCUUACAUUAGUUUGGUAUUGCAUGGUAGAGAAACACUUAAUGUUUGUUUUUGUUACAUAGUUUUAUUAUCAUACUGCUUAUUUAAGUGACCUUGUGGAGCUUGUUUUUGGCUGCAUUUUAGAUGGCAGACACAGUUGUUUUACAAAGUCAUCCUUUUAAACAACCAACUAUUUCCUCAGGAAGGGUUGAGAUUGAAUUGCAGUGGAAAACUAUGGCACCAAUUCCAUUAUUUGAGUCUAGUUUCCCAAUUAUUGGCAAACUUUGGUGGUAUUUCAUGGAACAGGAUCAAUGAGUUAACAUUGAUAAACACAGAGCCAACUUCUGAUUUUGUAGAUAAUAAAGCAUUGCAUUAGAUUAAUGUGAUGUUUUAGUACUUGUAUUAUGUGGAGGAUGUCAUUUGUGAUCAUGGCAAUGUCUUCUUAGUUGCCUCUUAGGGGAUUACUGAAGUGGUAAUACAUUUAGUUGAAAUGAAAAAGGCUGCCUUAUCUUGUUGUUUUAUCUUCGUCAUUCCGACAAGGUGGUGGAUGAGAAGCUGUUGUUCGUCAAGGUGCACAUGCCCUGGGACGUGCUGUGUACCUACGCCGAGGUCCUCCACAUCAAGCUGCCCAUUCAGCCCAAUGACCUGUCCACCACGUCCUCGCCCUUCAACUUCCUCAGCUGCAUCACCAAACACUUCUACCCCAGCGAGGACCUCAUAGCCAAGGAGACGGAGUACUUCACCGCCCCGUUCGAGAAGGACAGGCUGGAGUACUUCUACGUGAAGGACCGGGACCUCUUCUUCACGCCGUCCAUGAGGAGUAGAAUGGCAAGUGCACUGCUUUCUUUACCUCAUCAUGGGACAUAAACCCUAAAGUCAGAGAGGUCAAAUAUGCAGCGGCACACUAGAUUUUGAUAGAGAUUAAAAAUAAAGAACUAAAAAGAAGUCACCUCAUUGACCUUCUUACGGUAGUUUAAGCAUCUCAGGUUUCUGAUGCUGCUAAAUGGUAUUUAAAGAUAUUUUGUCUGUAGACCACUGUUGUGGACAUUCUUACACAGGGACACUCGAAGUCAAUCUUAUAUGAAUCACUCUUUAUUGUCAGCAAGCUGGAGAGGUCACAGUCAAACUUAGAUGCAGAAAGUAACGGUCUGAAGUGAGCUCUAACGGGGCAGUCCCGUUAGUUUCCUUAUACAGUGGGGGAAAAAAGUAUUUAGUCAGCCACCAAUUGUGCAAGUUCUCCCACUUAAAAAGAUGAGAGAGGCCUGUAAUUUUCAUCAUAGGUACACGUCAACUAUGACAGACAAAAUGAGAAAAAAAUAUCCAGAAAAUCACAUUGUAGGAUUUUUAAUGAAUUUAUUUGCAAAUUAUGGUGGAAAAUAAGUAUUUGGUCAAUAACAAAAGUUUCUCAAUACUUUGUUAUAUACCCUUUGUUGGCAAUGACACAGGUCAAACGUUUUCUGUAAGUCUUCACAAGGUUUUCACACACUGUUGCUGGUAUUUUGGCCCAUUCCUCCAUGCAGAUCUCCUCUAGAGCAGUGAUGUUUUGGGGCUGUCGCUGGGCAACACGGACUUUCAACUCCCUCCAAAGAUUUUCUAUGGGGUUGAGAUCUGGAGACUGGCUAGGCCACUCCAGGACCUUGAAAUGCUUCUUACGAAGCCACUCCUUCGUUGCCCGGGCGGUGUGUUUGGGAUCAUUGUCAUGCUGAAAGACCCAGCCACGUUUCAUCUUCAAUGCCCUUGCUGAUGGAAGGAGGUUUUCACUCAAAAUCUCACGAUACAUGGCCCCAUUCAUUCUUUCCUUUACACGGAUCAGUCGUCUUGGUCCCUUUGCAGAAAAACAGCCCAAAGCAUGAUGUUUCCACCCCCAUGCUUCACAGUAGGUAUGGUGUUCUUUGGAUGCAACUCAGCAUUCUUUGUCCUCCAAACACGACGAGUUGAGUUUUUACCAAAAAGUUAUAUUUUGGUUUCAUCUGACCAUAUGACAUUCUCCCAAUCCUCUUCUGGAUCAUCCAAAUGCACUCUAGCAAACUUCAGACGGGCCUGGACAUGUACUGGCUUAAGCAGGGGGACACGUCUGGCACUGCAGGAUUUGAGUCCCUGGCGGUGUAGUGUGUUACUGAUGGUAGGCUUUGUUACUUUGGUCCCAGCUCCCCGUGUGGUUCUGGGAUUUUUGCUCACCGUUCUUGUGAUCAUUUUGACCCCACGGGGUGAGAUCUUGCGUGGAGCCCCAGAUCGAGGGAAAUUAUCAGUGGUCUUGUAUGUCUUCCAUUUCCUAAUAAUUGCUCCCACAGUUGAUUUCUUCAAACCAAGCUGCUUACCUAUUGCAGAUUCAGUCUUCCCAGCCUGGUGCAGGUCUACAAUUUUGUUUCUGGUGUCCUUUGACAGCUCUUUGGUCUUGGCCAUAGUGGAGUUUGGAGUGUGACUGUUUGAGGUUGUGGACAGGUGUCUUUUAUACUGAUAACAAGUUCAAACAGGUGCCAUUAAUACAGGUAACGAGUGGAGGACAGAGGAGCCUCUUAAAGAAGAAGUUACAGGUCUGUGAGAGCCAGAAAUCGUGCUUGUUUGUAGGUGACCAAAUACUUAUUUUCCACCAUAAUUUGCAAAUAAAUUCAUUAAAAAUCCUAAAAUGUGAUUUUCUGGAUUUUUUUUCUCAAUUUGUCUGUCAUAGUUGACGUGUACCUAUGAUGAAAAUUACAGGCCUCUCUCAUCUUUUUAAGUGGGAGAACUUGCACAAUUGGUGGCUGACUAAAUACUUUUUUUCCCCACUGUAUACUGACAAGCUAUAUUUGCAUGAUUUAGCUUAUUCAUCAUUCAUAAUUAAUGUUCUCUUCAUUUAUGUGACGACCAAUACUGGGUCAUGCAUGUGACAGACCAAUACCUCACGAGGCUUCUUCUCUGAGACCUUGAAACUGAGCUAUCCCUUUCUCUAAACAAGGUUCUGGGCGUACUGCCAAAUUGCAGAUACUGAUAGUGAGGAUUCGUUCAAUCAGAAAUUGGUUUAUAGAAAAGCACAAACAGUACACAGAAAUUAGUUAUUAGAAAAGCACAAACAUAAAAAAUUCCAUCACACCACUUAGAUUGGUUAUUCAGCCCUUGUACUAUGAAAAUAUCAAUGUACCUAUAAUUAAACCAUAGUGUUAACACUCUUUUCUUAACACUUGAAUGAUAACAGAAUGGUUGGUCUUCCUCCUCAGGCCUACUACAUCCUCAGCCGAGCCCCCUAUGAGGUGCGAGGGAACAUCAAGAAGUUUGGUGUCACCAAGCUGCUCGAUGGAGGGGUGUACAAGGCUGCUUAUCCCCUACAUGAUGUGAGUGGGGGUAAAGAGUGGGGUGGCACUAGUAACUGACAACAUCGUACAUUAAACACCAAUCGAUCUGUGAAAACACUGAGGGGUGUUUUUAUGAACUUUUUAGUUUUGUUGUCUGUGAACUUACUGUAGUGCAGAUUCAACGUCAGGUCGAAAGAAGAUGAGUGCCCCAAUGAGAGAUACCUCCUGUAUAACGAGUGGGCUCACCCUAAAAGUUUCUAUAAGAUGCAGCCACUUGAUCUCAUAAGGUAAUUCAUGCUUUAAUCUACUGUCACAAAAAUGCACAUUGCAUGCACAUCGCUGCUUUAGUGUAAUAAGGUGUUGAGAGUUAUUCUUACAAACAGAAUGUGCUUAAAGGCCUAAUCAUUGUAAUUAUGGCAAAUAAGGGAUGGAAAUAAUAAUAUUUUCUUUAAUUUUCUCACAGAAAAUAUUAUGGGGAGAAGAUUGGCAUUUACUUUGCUUGGCUGGGCUUCUAUACAGCCAUGCUAGCCCUCGCUGCCAUUGUUGGACUUGGCUGUUUCAUUUAUGGGUACACGACUCAAGAAACAAGCACCUGGAGGUAUGUUUAAAACUCAAAGAAAGUACUUCAGAAACCCACAACACCAUAGAAAUAUGUGACAAGAUGCUAAAUCUAGUGUACUGUAUAUCAAAUGAAGAUCAAUUAGUGCAGGAUAGGACACAUAAAGUUAAGUUUGCUUGAUGUUCCUUCUAUGCUGUACCCUGACACUCUAACUGUGUGAAAACCCAAUGAUUAACAACUUUGUUGCAUUUUGUUGUUUGACCCAUCUGCUCUGUUCAUUUAUUGGAUAGCAAAGAGGUGUGCGACCCUUUGAUUGGAGGAACUAUUGUGAUGUGUCCGCAGUGUGACAAGGAGUGCACAUACUGGAGGCUCAACAGCACCUGUGAAUCUUCUAAAGUAAGUAAUACAUUAGGGUUCACUAAUUCCGAUCCAUGGCAGUACAGGUUUAUACUCCAGCCCAUCACUAAACAAUUCUCAUUCACUCACAUGGUCAAUUCAGAGUGAUUAUGAUUAUUAAAGUGACUUAUAUGGAUAGUGUCCUUUAAAAUUAUAUUUGCCAAUGCUUGUUAUGUCAGACCAUUUUCUCAGACUCCUUGGCCCAUGAGACAUGCUACAAGUCAUAUUAAACCUUUUUGAACAGGGUUUGUUUCCGUAUAUAUUUACAAAGAGUCAUGGAUGGAGAGGAAAAUGAUGUGAAAAGUAUUUCAUGUGACCUUGUCUUCCUCAGAAACUGUGCAUAUUUGAUAACUAUGGGACGCUGGUGUUUGCUGUCUUUAUGGCCAUUUGGGGUGAGUCAUUUCAUUCAUUAAACGUACCAUAUUUACAAAUGUAGAGGUUUCAGAAACUGUACUAUUUGAGUGUGUUAAUAUAUAAUAAUAAUAUAAUAAUAAUAUAAUAAUAAUAUAAUAUGCCAUUUAGCAGACGCUUUUAUCCAAAGCGACUUACAGUCAUGCGUGCAUAAUUUUUUUUGUGUAUGGGUGGUCCCGGGGAUCGAACCCACUACCUUGGCGUUACAAGCGCCGUGCUCUACCAGCUGAGCUUUGUUUUGUCUAUCUUAACUUAUUAGCAAUUAGAUGUUGCAUGAUAAUGAUAUAAGAGUUUUCCUCAGCACAUGCUACAGGCAAAUAAAAUAAAGCUUUACUCUUGUUCCGAUCCUGGUUCUAGUGACCGUGUUCCUGGAGUUCUGGAAGCGCUACCAGGCAGAGCUGGAGUAUGAUUGGGACACCGUGGAGUUCCUGGAGCAGGAGGAGCAACCUCGUCCCGAGUAUGAGGCCAAGUGUAACCACGAGAGAAUCAACCCUGUCACACGGGUAAGGGAGAUGCGUUCGUCACACAGUCGCUAUGGUGAUUCCAUAGCGUCAGCCUCAGGAGGCUAGAAGAACACUCCACAUCCGAUGAUGUUAUAUACUUGUUUUAAAAGGACAGUAUUACCUGUAUCAUUACUUCAUUGUAAAACAUGUUGUUCUUCAUUUAGGUAAAAGAGAACGUGCCUUAUACAGCCUGUGGACGGUGUAUAAGGGUGUCCUUAGGAAUCGGGACCGUCUUAUUCUGGGUAAACACUUUUGGACUUCUCUACUGUUAUCUUGUUCUGAAAAGGCCAAUUCACAUGCACUCCAACAGCAAUAUUUGUUUUCUAUAACCCUAACCUUUGUCUCAAGUCUGACCCCUCCAAUUCUUGUGUUUGUGCUUGUGUUCAGAUUGUGUUGAUCCUGGCGUCAGUGGUGGCCAUCAUCGUAUACCGACUGGCAGUGUUCUUCUCAUUUUCGACGAGACUCCAGUCUGACCUAAAGGAGCUCGAACCGUUUAAGGAGUAUGUGACCGCACAAAUGGCCACCUCUGUCACUGCUUCCAUCAUCAGCUUCGUAGUCAUCAUGGUGCUCAACAUCCUGUAUGAGAAGGUUGCUAUCUGGAUCACCGACUUCGGUGAGAUGCCCCAGUGUCAAAUAACAAUAAAUAUGUGGUUUAUGAUGAACUAUGAUGUUUCUCAAACUGCUUUCAGACAAGGGCUAAUAUUAACUCAAACGUUCCUUAGCAAGGUUUAUACAGUAUCUUUGGUUAUUGUAAAAACAAAAGUAUCUUCCUGUGAAGGGAGUCGGCCUUAUAUUUUUUUACAGUGCCCCAAACAUUCUGCAAUUAUACCAUGGUAUGAGUAAAUAUUGCAUGCCAAUAGGUCUAAGUAAUCCAAAUAUAUGUAUCCCAACAUAUUUAUACUGUCGGAAAUUCACACCACCACAAUAGCCCUUAGCUGAUGUCCUUUUUCAGAGUCACUUGCAGAAUCUGGACAGAGAAAAAGCCUGAUUUAAGCCUGAUGUUUUUUUGACGAGAUUGAGAAGAUGUCUUACUUGUUUAAUUUUAAAGAGCUACCAAGGACCAAGACGGAUUAUGAGAACAGUCUAACUUUGAAGAUGUUCCUGUUCCAGUUUGUCAACUACUACUCCUCCUGCUUCUACAUUGCCUUUGCCAAAGGGAAAGUGGUUGGUUACCCUGGGCAGCCUGUUUACCUGCUGGGCAAGUACAGGAACGAGGAGGUACUUAUGUCUAUCAGUUGAUUGAAAGAUCAGUUGAUUGAAAGAUCAGUUGAUUGGAGGCUCAGUUGAUUGGAGCUUAGUGAUUGGAGCUUGGUGAUUGGGGCAGAACAUGUGAUAACACAGCAUGACAGUGUUUUGCUUUUCCCCUUUGCUUGUGUUCUAACUACUAUGUUGCCAAAUGAUUAGAUGUUGCAUUCUGUGGCAUUUGUGUUUGACUAAAAGAGACCUUCAUAUUUCAAAUGAAUGAACCUAGAUGAGGACAUCUUCCACUAAAUACAAGUUGUUUGAAUGGAGGUGCUUUUUCAUGUAAUACUACAAGAUGGCCGACAUUGAUUGAUACAGUAUUUGUGUCUUAUCCUUACCAGUGUGAUCCAGGAGGAUGCCUGAUUGAGUUGACAACCCAGCUCACUGUCAUCAUGGGCGGUAAAGCCAUCUGGAAUAACAUUCAGGAGGUGUUGCUGCCGUAAGUUUUUGGUUCAAUGGAAGAACAUAAAAUGGCCAACCACAUCAGCUCUCUAGGAGCCCAGCAACUGUAAAGUUUUUCAGUUACAUUGGAUCAGGGUUGGUUCAAUGGUUUAUUCCAUCCCAACUCAAAAUGGAAUUCCCCCUUAUCUUCAAGUGUAUCUGUAUCCAGACAUAAUAAUUAUCUGAUUCAGAGAGCAAUCGUAAAGGCGUCUUUUUGUAGGCACUAACGGAGACUUAACUAUGCCAUGGCUCAUUGACCAAAGCCAGUGGGGAAAUUAAUGGGGGUUUUGUUGGGUUUUUGGAUAAAUGCCAGAAACACAGGGUUAGGAGGUCUUAUACAUUUUGUUUUAUGAGAUAAUCUUCAUCAGCUAACGUCACUUUUUGUGAAUUUUUAAGCAUAUCCGUAAUCAAAACAAGCACAUACAGCAGAUAAGGGUUUCAUAAUUCACAAAGGUCAUGUUAACUGACUGAUAUUAUCUCAUAGAACAAAACAUAUAAGAUAUCCUUAGCCUGUGUUAACCUCAGACCUUAUUUUCAAAGUUUAUCCCAAAACCCCAUUCUUUCCCCAUUAAUUUCCCCCAUAGGAAUGGCUGAACAAACCAGAGGUAGAAAAUGCUAACUCAUUUCUGUUUUUGAGGACUACAAGCUGGCAAGCUCUAUUACCUUGUUAUUAGCAUCAUGAUUCUGCGAUUGACAUGUUUCUCCUCAUCAGGUGGGUGAAGAAUUUGAUAUUCCGCUGCUGCACACGUGUGGGGUCUGAAAAGGUAAUUCCGCGCUGGGAGCAGGACUACCAGCUGCAGCCCAUUGGGAAGCUGGGCCUCUUCUAUGAAUACCUGGAGAUGGGUAAGAUAUGAAGAAUGAGGCGAACUCUCUCCCUGACACCCAAAUCAACCCUUAGCCCCUAUCCCCGGGCACCUGGGUAGAUCUGAGAGGAUUGGAUAGGUGUGUAGACAGUAUGGUGGUAGCUUUAGGUGUAUUCUUGUGAGUUGAAUCCCGCUAUUACUUUGGGCUCGGUCCAGAAACCACCCCUAGCCCCUAUCCCUAAGGCACUUUCUUAAACUAGAAGGGUUGGAUGGACAUAAGCAAUAUGGUGCAAAUCGCCGCUAGCUAGCCUAUCAACUACUGUCAUAGUAUCAGGUUCCCCCCUAGCUAGCCUAUCAGCUACUAUAAUAGUAUCAGGUUCCCCCCUAGCUAGCCUAUCAGCUACUAUAAUAGUAUCAGGUUCCCCCUAGCUAGCCUAUCAGCUACUAUAAUAGUAUCAGGUUCCCCCCUAGCUAGCCUAUCAGCUACUAUAAUAGUAUCAGGUUCCCCCCUAGCUAGCCUAUCAGCUACUAUAAUAGUAUCAGGUUCCCCCCUAGCUAGCCUAUCAGCUACUAUAAUAGUAUCAGGUUCCCCCCUAGCUAGCCUAUCAGCUACUAUAAUAGUAUCAGGUUCCCCCCUAGCUAGCCUAUGAAGUACUAACUAUCAUAGUAUCAGGUUCCCAGAUCUACACUGAACAAAAAUAUAAACGCAACAUGUAAAGUGUUGGUCCCAUGUUUCAUGAGCUGAAAUAAAAUAUCCCAGAAAUCUUCCAUAAGCACAAAAAGCUUAUUCUCUCAAAUGUUGUGCACAAAUUUCUUUACAUCCCUGCUAAUGAGCACUUUUCCUUUGCCAAGAUAAUCUAUCCACCUGACAGGUGUGGCAUAUCAAGAAGCUGAUUAAACAGCAUGAUCAUUACACAGGUGCACCUUGUGCUGGGGACAAUAAAAGGCCACUCUAAAAUGUGCAGUUUUGUCACACAACACAAUAAGCAGCCUCCAACGUUGUUUUAGAGAAUUUGGCAGUAUGUCCACAACCGCAGACCACGUGUAACCACGCCAGACCAGGACCUCCACAUCUGGCUUCUUCGCCUGCGGGAUCAUCUGAGAGGGGAGAGGGUGGUGCUGAGGAGUAUUUCUGUAAUAAAGCCCUUUUGUGGGGAAAAACUCAUUCUGAUUGGCUGGGCCUUGCUCUCCAGUGGGUGGGCCUGGCUCCAAAGGGGGUAGGCCUAUGCCCUCCCAGGCCCACCCACGGCUGCACCCCUGCCCAGUCAUGUGAAAUCCAUAGAUUAGGGCCUAAUUUAUUUAUUUAAAUUGACUGAUUUUCUUUCAUGAACUGUAACUCGGUAAAAAUCUUUGAAAUUGUUGCAUGUUGCGUUUAUAUUUUUGUUUAAUGAUCAAAUUUGGCUUUGUGUCUGCGUGGCUUUUUUCCUACAGUGAUCCAGUUUGGUUUUGUGACUCUGUUUGUGGCCUCCUUCCCCCUGGCUCCUGUCCUGGCUCUGGUCAAUAACCUCUUUGAGAUCCGGGUGGACGCCUGGAAGAUCACCACCCAGUUCCGCCGCAUGGUGCCAGAGAAGGCCCAAGACAUCGGGGCGUGGCAACCCAUUCUCCAAGGUGUCGCCAUCUUGGCUGUGGCAUCAAAUGUGAGUGAUGGCUCCUCCAUUGGAUUAUGAAGUACUAUAUUUUUUUACUUAUUUUUUAAAAUCUUGGUUUAUUCUCCAUUGCAUAAUCCCAUCACUGGAUGUUAUUCAUAUAAUUUGAUUGUUACCAUGCUGGUGUAGUGACAUUCUUAGAUUAUAAUUCAUCUAUUAUGAUGAGCACCAGUUUAAUGUGCACUGUCUCCUCCACUUCCUUGUCUCUCUGCCAGGCCAUGAUCAUUGCCUUUACAUCAGACAUGAUCCCACGGUUGGUCUACUACUGGUCUUUCUCUGUGUAUCCCUACGGAGACCAUUCCAGUCCCACCAUGCAGGGCUACAUCAACAACACGCUCUCCGUGUUCGACAUCCAGCACUUCUCCAACGAGAGCCGGCCCUCGCAAACACCUUACUGGUUCAAUAACAGCACCACCUGCAGGUAAUGUGAAUGUAUAUGAGAUGGGUUUCAAUUAAAUUGUGUUAGACAUUGAAAUAGUUCAUGCAGUCUCUCUGUCAUACUUUAGAUAUCGAGAUUUCAGAUAUCCACCGGGACACCACAGACAAUAUGAAUACAGUAUCUACUACUGGCAUGUGAUCGCUGCCAAGAUGGCUUUCAUAAUAGUUGUAGAGGUGAGUAAAAAUUUAUACGAUACGUUGCUUUGACCUGAUUUUUCUUUCUACUGUGUUGUCUAAUGGCAGAUGGACAUUUUCUAGCCUUUCAAGAAAUCCUACAAAUGUUUUCCCUCCUUCUGACCCCUUUCCCCUUGUCCCCUCAGCACAUUGUAUACCUGACCAAGUUCGUCCUGUCCUACGUGAUCCCGGACGUGCCUUACGCAGUGAGGGAACAGAUCAAACGAGAAAAGUACUUGAGCCAGGUCAUCCUUCACGAGACCAACCUCAAACUGGUGACCAAACGCUUGAAGCCUGUCGCUGAUACGAUACUUAAACACAAUGAGGUCAAAGAGGAGGAGGAGAUGAUGGACCUUUGUUUUUAA